AUGGGUAGCAAACGUACUCCCAGCCUUGCUAGUCAAUGCGCACAUCUCGAACAUCGAUUUCGAACACGGAGUGGUGCUUUCUCAUGCGUUUCAAUUCCAAAAAUUGUCUUGCAAGAGACGUCCAUACAUCGUGGAGAAUUUGUCAUUUGGUGUAAGAACAAACUGAUAUUACACGAUCUUUAUAAUGUGAAUUUGCGAGCUAUUCGCGAAGUCAUUUGGGAUUGGUACUGUGGAAGACAGAAAGAUAUACCGCAUACAGAAAUUGCUUUUGCGGGAGCUCCUCCAAACCUCGAAGAGUUCUUGGAUAAAAUAAGUCAUAAGAUCACAGAAGAAGAUGAAGACGGCCGUUACGUUUUGCUGAAACGACCUUUAGAUGGAGAAAUGAAAAAAUUGCUCGUGCCUUCUGGUGAGAGCAGGCUUAUCAUCAGUGAUUACUACGACGGGUUGCCGUAG